AGCAGCAGCAGCUCCUCGCUCGGCCUGCCUUCCCUGGGGCAGCCUGUGCGUAAAAAGCGAGGCGGUCCUCCUCAGCCAUCUCCAGACACCCUUGGAGAGGGCUUGGCGCGUAAAAGCGCACAGGGGAAGUCUCCUUGGAGGAGAGCUCCAGUUGCUCCCUUCUUUUGGGGGCUGAGAGGGAGGCAAGGAAAAGAGGGGUGGAAGGAGGAAGGAUGGGAGGGGGAAAGAGAAGGGCCAGGGCUAACUAGCCGGGCUUUGGGGCCUUUCAGAGCCCAGGGAGAGAAGGCAGAGGAGGAGGCAGAGGAGGAGGCGGGAGGGCGCAAUGGUGGUGCUCCUCCUCGUCCUCCUCCUCUUUCUCCUCCCUUCCCUCCAGCAGCAGCCAGCUCCAGAAACCAGGAACCAGCUCCAACAGCAGCAACACCAGCUUGCUGUGUGUGAGUGUGUAUGUGUGUGAGAGGAAAACACAGGAGGAGGAGGAGGUGGAAGAGGAGUGAGGGAAAAGCAGCAGCAGAAGGUGGAGAAGGAAGGUGAAGAAGGAAGGACGCGCGCCCCAAGAAGGAGAAGAAGAGGAGGAGGAGGAGGAGAAGGAUGAGGACUUGCUAGCUGGGGCCUUUGUAGAGGAGGAGAAGAAGCAGCAAAAGGGGAGGGAAAGAAAAAGUUUACACCCUCCUGCUCCCUGCUGCCACUCGCCCCACUGACUUCUUCCCAAUGUUGGCGCAGAUGGGAGUUUUACCUGGAAUGACAUAAGUUUGGUUGGUGCCUGUGGAGAGGAGAGGAGAGGAAAACCUUGCCCUCCUCCACCCCUUUCCGCGCUCUUUUUUAAACAACAACAACAACAAACAAGCAACAUUACAGUCUCCUGGAUCCAGGCUUCUUUUCCUCCCUUCUUCCCUCGGCAAUGUGACAGCAGCCAAAGGGGGGAGGCAAAACCUUGCCAGCCUCCUUGCAGGGGAGCUGUCACCGAAAGAGAGACUCUUCGUUUCCAGUUUCAAGAAAGAAAGAAAGAGAGAGAGAAAGAGAGAGAGAAGCUGGAAGUAUUGCUGGUUUUACUCCACACACAUAUAUAAAUCUUUUUGCAACCUCCCUCCCCCCAAUAACUCUGGUCUGCUUGCAAGCUAAGCCUUGCAUCUCAGUCUUUUUCUGGAGCCACCUUUUUUCCUUGCCAUUUUUAUAUAUGUGUGUGUGUGUGUGUGUGUGUUUUAUUUUCUCCUCUCUUUCAUCGACCGCUGUCAGUCCUUUUUGGAUCCCAGCUUGAAAGGACUUGCCUCCUCCCGGCCAUUGCUGUUUUUUUCGGUGGGGGAAAGAACUACAAAAAUAGAAAAUAAAAUAUGAAGGAGGAAGUUGAAUGAUGUGAUACAGAUUUGGUGCAGACAUGCCAUGAUUUGCUACAAAUGGCUUAAUUUAUGGAGACCAAAGGCUAUCGCAGUUAUCCAGAAAGCUUAGAUAUGGAGAGACGCUGGAGUCAAGGUUCUCAGUCCAUGGAGUAUACUUCUGCAGGAGCAGAAGCAUCAACUGAAGAAAGUAAUAACUAUAUGGAAAUUGUCAACGUGAGCUGUGUAUCUGGUGCUUUUCCAAACAGCAGUGCUCAAGGAAGCAACAAAGAAAAAUCUGAAUUACUUUCUUGCCUACAGCAAGAUCACAAUCAUUCUGGAAUUUCAACCUCUGACAUAAAAACUGAAUCAGACUCGAAGGAACUUUCUGCAACAGUAGCUGAAUCAAUGGGUCUGUACAUGGAUUCUGUAAGAGAUGCUGAUUUUACCUAUGAUCAGCAAAGUCAACAAGGAAGCAUAAACUCUGGAAAGAUGUAUCAAAAUGUUGAGCAACUGGUAAAACUAUACAAGGAGAAUGGCCAUCACACCUCUCCAUUGAACACCGCAAACAGGCCCUUGAGACCUUCUGUAGAUUGUGCAAGCUCUAUGAAUGGCAGCAUCAUGCCUCCAAUGAUGAAAAGUCCUAGAGUAUCUCGAGAGAAGAGUCCGCCUGACUGUAGUCCUCAAAGUAUGACUUCUUCAGUGUGCAGCCCUCCUGGAAUUAAUUCUGUGUCUUCAACUACACCUACUAACUUUGGAAAUUUCACAGUAAAUAGUCCAAUCAACCAGGGAACGCCUUUGUCAUGCUCACCCAACAUUGAAAACCGAGGUUCAAUGUUGCACAGUCCUCCACAUGCUAGCAAUAUGGGGUCUCCUCUUUCUAGUCCUAUAAGUAGCAUGAAAUCACCAAUUUCAAGCCCGCCUAGUCACUGUAGCGUGAAAUCUCCAGUUUCAAGUCCUAAUAAUAUUACCAUGAGAUCCUCUGUAUCCAGUCCUGCAAAUAUGAAUUCAAGGUGCUCUAUUGCCAGCCCUUCCAAUGCCAAUAAUAGGUCCACUCUUUCUAGUCCAGCUGUUAGUACUGUGGGGUCCUCUAUGUGUAGUCCAGUAAAUGGAGCACUAGCCUUUCCUGCAUCUAGCACACCUGUUGGACCUGGCACAGGCCAAGACAUUGUUUCUAGUCCAGAUACCAAGGACAUUAAAGGUGCUCCAGAAAUCAUAUUUCCUAAAAUAGAGGAAAUAGAAAAUGCCAUCUCUAACAAUGAAGUAGCUAAUCAAAUGACUCUUGUUCAGUUUAUAAAGCCUGAACCAGAGGGGGUUUUCAGUAGCUCAUGUCUUGGAGAAAACAGCAAAAUCAAUUCUGAUUCCCCGUUUUCAGUAUCAAUAAAACAAGAAUCAGCUAAACAUUCUUGUUCUGGUGCUUCUUUUAAAGGGAAUCAAACUGUAAAUCCAUUUCCAUUUAUGGAUGGGUCAUAUUUUUCUUUCAUGGAUGAUAAAGACUACUAUUCACUAUCUGGGAUUUUAGGGCCACCUAUUUCAUCAUUUGAUGACAGAUGUGAAAACAGUGGAUUUCCAAAUCCAGGCCUAUCUGUAGGAAUUAAACAGGAACCUGAGGAGAGCAGCUAUUAUCAAGAGAACACUCUGUCAUCCUCUGCCAUUGUUGGUGUAAAUUCAAGUGGACAAUCAUUUCACUAUAGGAUUGGAGCUCAAGGCAGAAUAUCUUUAUCACGACCUGUUGGUAGAGAGCAGUCUUUUCAGCAUAUGAGCUCAUUUCCUCCAGUAAGUACUCUGGUGGAGUCAUGGAAAUCGCAUUCUGAACUGUCUGCUAGAAGAAAUGAUGGGUAUCCAGUUCUAGAAUACAUUCCAGAAAAUGUGUCAAGCUCCUCAUUAAGAAGUGUAUCGUCUGGAUCCUCAAGACCUUCCAAAGUGUGUUUGGUGUGUGGGGAUGAGGCAUCUGGAUGCCAUUAUGGAGUAGUUACUUGCGGCAGCUGUAAAGUCUUCUUCAAGAGAGCAGUGGAAGGUAAAUCUUCAUGGCAGCACAAUUAUUUAUGUGCAGGACGGAAUGACUGCAUAAUUGACAAGAUUCGAAGAAAAAAUUGUCCAGCUUGUCGAUUACAGAAAUGUCUCCAAGCUGGAAUGAAUCUGGGAGCACGGAAGUCAAAAAAAUUGGGCAAGUUAAAAGGAAUCCAUGAAGAACCACAGCAACAGCAACAGCCACCUCCCCAAAGUCCAGAAGAAGGGACUACCUAUAUUGCUCCAGCAAAGGAACCUUCUGUAAACACAGCACUGGUUCCUCACUUGUCUGCAGUUUCACCAGCACUUACUCCCUCGCCUGCCAUGGUUCUAGAGAACAUUGAACCUGAAAUUGUAUAUGCAGGAUACGACAGCUCAAAGCCAGAUACAGCAGAACACCUACUCUCCACUUUAAACCGUCUUGCUGGCAAGCAGAUGAUUCAGGUGGUAAAAUGGGCAAAGAUACUUCCAGGCUUCAGAAACUUGCCUCUUGAGGACCAAAUUACUCUAAUCCAGUAUUCUUGGAUGUGUUUGUCAUCGUUUGCCUUGAGCUGGAGAUCAUACAGGCAUACAAACAGCCAGUUCCUCUAUUUUGCUCCUGACCUGGUCUUUAAUGAAGAAAGGAUGCGCCAGUCUGCAAUGUUUGAAUUGUGCCAGGGGAUGCACCAAAUCAGCCUUCAAUUUGUUCGCUUGCAACUUAGCUUUGAAGAAUAUACCAUAAUGAAAGUUUUGCUGCUGUUAAGCACAGUUCCCAAGGAUGGUCUCAAGAGCCAAGCUGCAUUUGAAGAAAUGAGGGCAAAUUAUAUUAAAGAACUGAGGAAGAUGGUCACAAAACAUCCAAACAGUUCUGGGCAAAGUUGGCAGCGGUUUUACCAACUGACAAAGCUCCUGGACUCCAUUCAUGAUCUUGUUAGCGAUUUGUUGGAAUUCUGUUUCUACACCUUCCGAGAGUCACAAGCUCUGAAAGUGGAGUUUCCAGCUAUGUUGGUAGAAAUCAUCAGCGACCAGUUGCCCAAAGUGGAAUCUGGGAAUGCCAAGCCCCUCUACUUCCACAGAAAGUGACAGAAAAUGUCUUAUUGGAAGAAAGAAAGAAAAACUUUGCCUUAAGUUUCCCUGUGCUAUUCCACACCCUUGAAGGACCCAAGGAACCAUGUUCAAAAUAUGCUAUACAAAAUUGUACAACAAUUUGAAUGGUCUAAAAACCAUAGGAAGGGUUUGGAGGACAGAGGGACAUCUUAUCUGAACUUGGUGAGACAAAGUCAUAAAGAUGUUUUGAGAACCAUCACCCAGAAACCCCCAACAUGUAGGGAAAAAUGUUCCUGUUCCUCUGGAUGAAAAGCCAUAUCUAGUCAAAUAACUCUUUGAUUUUGAUAUUUUAAGAAAUGAACAUUUUAAAUAUGCCAUGUAGUUUCUGGUAUUGUUUGCUUGUUUUCAAAGGGUUCAAGGACUAAUAUGAACUUUUUAAAAGCUUACCAUUGGUUUGCACAUAAAACAAAGUCAAUAUGGGGCAUUAAUUCUUGGACUAUACAUACACACAUACACACACAGAUCCCUGGAUGUGUAAAAUAUAAUGGAGCAUUUGGUGUGGAAUAAUCUUGGUAUAUUCACCUGAGGCAUUUGUUGUCCCAUUUUAUCCAUCAUAGAUGAUCUACACUGUGUUAAGUGUUCAUUUAUUAUUUAACUUGAAAGGAUAAGAUGUUAAAACAAAUGCCUCAAUUUCAAUUUAUAGUAUAUAUUGUGCUGGCUUUACCAAUAAUUUUUUGCAGUCUUUUGCUGUACUGUACAUUGCUGUAUGUAUAAAUUGAAGGACCUGAAAAAAAUGGUGUAAGGAACUUUUGUAAAUGAGACCUAAAAAUCUUUAAUGGUUACUAGGAUGACUGGGGAAGAGUAUUUUUGGAAGAAUUCUAUUUUGCUGGAGACUAUUUAAUUACUCUUUUUGUCUAAACACAAAGUAAUUUCAUUUUUUGUAAAGUGAAUUGUUCUGCAUGCAUAAUGAACUGUUUACAGUGUAUUUAAGAAAGGGAAAGCUGUGCCUUUUUAGUAUCAUAUCUAAUUUACCAACCUGACAGCGUCUGUUGUAAAUAACCACCCAUAACCAUUUUCAGUUGAAUUUCUCCUUUUCUGUCCAUUUCCAUCCAUGUACAUUCUUCUUUCUGUUUGUCUGUUGCUUUUAUGAUUUUAGCACACUGAGUUCUGUUUUAUGCCUCAGAACUUGAAAAAAGAUAACUUUUCUAAGCUCUGUCCAUGACUCUAGCUGUGUCUGUAGCUUUAUGCACAUUUCAUCUACCAAGAUAAAUUACAAAGCGCAUAAUCCACCAAGAUGUUGUCCUGCAGAAAUCUCACUGGAGUAAACAAAGCUGUGAAAGCAUAUAGCUGUCCAUUUAUUUCAAUGGAGCUUGCUCCAGACAACUUUCUGGUGAAUUGUGCUCAGAGUCUCCUGAAAGAUGUGUCAGCCCCAAAAUGAAGUGAAAUUCUGUCUGUCAACUUGUUUAAUUCAUAGGCUAUGGUCCAGUACAUAUAAGCUAAAAUCCCAGAUACACUGUACUUGGAGUAAGUCUAACUGAACUUGAUGGGUCCUACUUCUGAGUAUAUGGGAUUGCACUUCUUGAUUUUCCUGCAACUUUUGGUGCACCUAACUUUUGGUUAACUGAGAAUGCUAAAAAUAUUGUGCCUCCCCUUUUUAAUCUGGAAUGUAUGUAAGCUCCAAAAGAGUGAACUAUAUAAGUGGACUAUGAAUCUGAAUGUGGAAGAAUUCAGAGAUAUAGCCAUGUUAGUCUGGAAUAUCAGAAUCCAAAGGAAACUUGUAGCACUUUUGAGACUAUGUGAAAUAAAUUGCCAUAGACUUGGCAUCUGAAGAAGUAGACCAAGUCUACAAAAGCUUAUGGACAGUUAGUGUCAUAGGUGCUAUGAGAACUCUUUGCAGAUCCAAUGUGAAAGUUUGGGAAAACAGCUAAGCAAAUUUGCAACUAUAUAAUAAAGAAGAGAAGACAAACCUGGAGAGACAAAUUUGUAUAAAACUCUGUUCUAUUGAUUUUAACAUAAUGUCCAUGUAACUAUGCUUUGGACUGCCUUCUUGAUUAGUUAGCCAAAGAACUUUAAUAGUGUAACACUUUUAGAAAUCAACAAUACUGACAUGAGCCUUGAAAUAUGGAUUUCUUUCAAAGGUGUCAUAUAAAAUAAGGUUAUAAGGAGGUAGCUUUCCCGGGAAUAGCAUAAUUAUUAUAUAUUGUAUAAAUAAUUUGAACAUUGGAGCAUACAUUAUAAAAAAAAUCCCUAUGACCAUUGAAAUAUUAAACACAGAUAUAAAGAAAACCAUUGUCAAGAGUUAUGUUUGUCUAAAGCUGAGUAAAGGUGUAAAGUUUGCAUAUUCCUUUAAAAAAUUGAUAAAUCAUGAAAACCAAAGUUGGGAUUCAGAUACUAGUUAUGCCAAAAAUUUGGCUGUGCCUAGUGGAGGUCAACCCUCUCUCAGCCCAAAACAAGAUCCCCAUGACAUAUCAUAAGUGCUUUUGGAAGAAUAUUCCAUUUCCAAAGCGGUUUUCUGUGCACUGUGGAGACUCAUGGAACAGGUUAUUUGGAUCUUAUGUUUAGUUCUUCAAAAUCACAAAACAUCCAAGUUUCUUAAAUGUGAAUGUGCGUUUCCAUCUCCAAAACUAGAUUUAAAAACAUUACCACUUGUCUUUUAAACUGACAGAUCUUAUAGAAUGGAAAGUCUGCAUAAGGAUAUAUUUAAAAAGAAUCAAUAUAUAAAGUUACAUCAGCAUACAUUCUGUGGGAUUCUGACAAACCGAGUUGAACACAGUCUGCGCUGAAACCAGUGGAACUUAAGUCAUGGCUCUUUUGUCUCAUCGAUUUCCACUUAGUUUUGAUCCAACCUAUUAUUUAGUUUUGGAAAUCUAAUGAAAACAUUAGCUCCUUUGAUCUGCACAGCAAUAUGAAAGCUGAACUUCCAAAGUGGGGGGAAAUACACAGCAUGCAGAGUGGUUGUUUAUAGUUACAAAGUGGUUACAGAUCUCUUAUUUCAUUUGCUUUUAAAAAAUACUGAAAUUGGAAUUUCAAAUUGUCCAGGUUUGUGGUAAAUGCAGUAUGCGGCUGCUUUUUUUAUUAACAAAGUUACAAUUUUUUUCUAUCUCUAAGUAACUUUGCCUGAUUAAAAUAUUAAAGCCAUAUUCUUUUUUUAAAAGAAGAUAUCCACUGUUAGAUGUCUGUCCCAAUUCACAGUGUUGUCUGAUUGCUCUUAUUUUUGUACCUUAUUGCAUUUAAUCUUGGUUUGGUACAAUUCAUAAUUCACAGAAAUGUCAUACGUAAAACACUAAAUUAGUUUUAAAAACAAUUUAUAUCUUUAUGCAAAAUAUAUGUCUGUCUUUGCAAACAAUUGUAAGCAGAUUAUAAUAAAUCCUUUCCUUUAAUCACCUGUUUAUGAAACCAUUGAUUGUUGCUUAGAAAUCAUUAACAUGAAAUUUGAAUGGAAAAAAGUACCAGGAGUACACUGUACUUUAGAAUGAAAUCGGCAUCUGUCUCCUGCAAAAUAAGAUAAAACGUCAAAAUGUCAAAAUGAUAAAUUGUGUUGAUUGAGUGUAACGAUUUUGUGGCAAUGACUGAAUGAAGAUAUACAGCAAAAACAUUGUAUCCAUAAGUUUUAAAAAUGUAAAAUAGUUUUAAUUUACUGCAGUGGGUAUUUCAAGAGUUAAUAUUGCAUUGCAGUGUGUAACCAGUUUGUUGCACAGAACAAAACUGAAAAAGGACUAAAAGCUUGCAAUAUCAAAAUCUUAAUAAAAUAUACUUUAUAAUCAA